UACAAUCUCUAUCAAAAAGCUAUUUUCAUCAGUGACAUUAUAUUCGGCCAACACCGGUUGCUAAGUUAUCUCUCUUAGUGACUCUCCAUCAUUCAUUGUGAAUCUGUUUCUUUCAAAAAUCCUUCCCUCCUCAUCUUCAGCCUCUCUCUCCCUAUAUAUAUCUAAUCUACAUGUGUUUAGUAUAUAAUACUAUAUCGCCUUAUAUACACUACUAUGUAUAUCCGUUGUCGGAAUUUGUUGGAGGUAUGAGAAAUAGUCACCUUGUUCAGGGGUCCUGUGAACAUCAGAAGAGAAAGUUUAACGAAACAUCAUCCUCUCUCCUCUUCACAUACAGAACUGCUGUUCACACUUGAGUGAUGACAUCUUGGAGUAGAAAGACAACCUCACUCGGUGGAGUCUAGUCUACUGGAAACUAAGAUCUCAUAGCAAAGUAGCUGUGUGUUGUAUGUUUGUUCCACUGCUGGAUCUUCUCAAACUCUUUUCUCAUGUGAUAUCAUGGAUAUAAAAUGGAGAUUGGCAAUUAGAGAAAGAGCUCACAGGAGAAUAUUGUUGAAAUCUAUUCUUUAUUAACCUGACAAUAACACAGCAAGGUAUUCUGUCAUAGCAAUCUGCAAGGUAUAUCAGCGCACAAGAGGAUACUAUACUAUAUUACAACAUAAUACUAUACCAUCAACCUACAAUAUAACACUGUAUUAUAUAAUCAACCCACAAGAGGAUAUCAUGCUAUAUUAGCCCACAAGAGGGUAUCAUGCUAUAUUAGCCCACAAGAGGAAUUUUUUAUUUGUAUUUCUGUUUUUCUUUCAAAUUUUAAACUGAAAACCCAAGGUUACCUCUGCAGUGUAUAUGUGUGUGUAUGAUAGAGGUUUAUAGUAGCAGUGUGUUGUACAUAUUAGGAGUUUGUGGUGUUUACUAGAGGUGUGUAGUGCAUUGGAGAGAAGCGGGUGUGCUGUGUCUGGUAGGAGAAGCACUGCUCAAAAAUGCAGUUUCCUCAACGGGAAGCUCGAAAUUUGCAUCUGCAGGUGGGGGAGCAGGUAUUUCCUGAGACUAUCGGUCAAGAACAGCGCCAUCCAGCACACCAUCACCACCAACACCACCAUCAGCAACACCAACAACAUCAAUCCCAUAGUCACUACUCCAGCAACCAGCCGACUCAGUACAACAAUCCAAAGAUUAACUACAAUGGCACUUCGGUGAAAGAUUCCAGUGACAAAAGAAAUAAAAGACCUGCACAUUCCGGCAUGGCUGAUGCUGCCGGCAAGGAUACGACUUCUUCAUCAUCAGUGACAUCUCAUUCACAAAACCUUUUCCUGCAAUCACACUCAGCUGUCAAGAAAAACUCUAUAUGUAGCCCCAGCGGCAGCAGCAGCAGCAGCAGCAACACUAACAACAACAGCAGCAGUGGCUCUGGCGGGGGAGGUAAAGGCAAUUCCGGCCUGAAACUGAACUUGAGUUCUGGUGGUCACUACAGCCUCAACAGCAGCACUCUCAGCAACAGUGUUCUCAAUGCCAGUGUCUUUAACUCAAAGCCAUUGUUUGCAGUGCAGAAGUCUCAGCAACAUCAACAACAACAACAGCAGCAACAGCAACAACAACAAACUCAACAACAAACUCAGCAACAACAACAACAGCCGCAGCAACAACAACAGACUCAACAGCAACAUCAGCCGCCACAGCGACACCAGCCGCACUCCUACACCAAAUACUCUCUCAACAAACCAUUUCAUUGUAACAUCUGCGGCAAUCCGUUCUUACGUCGUCGAACUAUGGAAGUCCAUGAGAGGACCCAUAGCGGCAUCCGGCCCUUCGGUUGCAGCAUGUGUUCGCGCCGUUUCUUCCAAAAAGACAAGUUAAUCAUUCAUGAAAGGACUCAUACAGGGGAGAGGCCCUUUGGCUGCGUGUUCUGCUCGAAGCGCUUCGCUCGUCGGGACACCCUAAAUAUCCAUAUCAGAAUCCACACGGGGGAGAGGCCCUAUGUGUGCAGCUACUGCUCAAAGGGUUUCUCUCAGAAAGACAAACUACAGAUACAUGAACGAACUCAUUCCGGUGUCAAACCAUAUCAUUGUUCUAUUUGUGAAAAACUGUUUGCACGGAAAGAUGCGCUAAAUGUGCAUCUGCGCACCCAUACUGGAGAGAAGCCCCAUCGCUGUGAAUUCUGCGGGAAACAAUUCUCCCAACGAGACAAACUCAUGCUGCACAAACAAACGCAUUCUACUUAAUAGUCCACCCAUUUCUGACUCUCAUUUCAUUUUCAUAGUUGUUUCAUUUUAACCAGGUACAUAUUCUCUGUAAAUAUAUAUUUGUGUGUGUGUGUGUGUGUGUGUGUAUAAAAACAUAUGUGUGUAUACAUAUGUGUAUGUGUGUUUCAAUAACUAUGAUGAUAAUCCACCAAUGAUCACUGUGUUCAAAUCCUGGAUAUUAACAUGAACAGUGUACAGAAAUAACUACAAGCUGUGUGUGUAUAUAUAUAUAUACAUAUAUAUAUAUAUAUAUAUAUAUAUAUAUAUAUAUAUAUAUAUAUAUAUAUAUACAUAUAUAUACAUACACACACAUACAUACAUAUAGAUACAUAAAGAUACGUACACACACAUAUGUAUAGAUAUAUAUUAUUAACUCAGCGUUAUGAAUUAUGAACCAAUUACAGUCAAAAUAUCAUUGGAAUAUUUUGUAUUCCGUUGUCUGUUCCAAGUGUAAAGGAACAAUCCCUAAUGCUCCCCAUAGAGGGGGUUACAGGGGUCCUUUGCACUGAAGGUACAAAAGACAACAUCCGGUCAAAAAAGAAACGAAAAGCUUUUUGGUAGCAGUAAUAAAAACCUGAACUAAAUGCUGAGAACAUUAUGAUGCAAAAUAUAAUUACAUAUAAUAAUAAUCAUAAUAAAACAAUACGAGUGCUUC